AAUCGCUUAUCUGCAUUUAUAUAAAACCCCUUUUCUUCAACCUCUCGGUAUUCCAACUCAUUAACUUCAUAUCAAUCGCUUUGUCUGUGAAGUUCAGAGCUCAAACUCUUAUCUUUACAUUCCCCUUUUAGUUUCCCUCUGAUGUUCAUAGCUCAGACUGAUCUUUUCACAAUCCCCUUUCAAUUUCUCUUCUGAUCAUGGAUUUGAUUCCCAAUCUUCCAGACGACAUAGGCCGAGAGUGCCUGUACAGAGUGCCCUUCAAAGCCCACAGCAAGCUCAAAGCUGUCUGCAAGAACUGGGAGGCUAUGGUGAACAGCCCCCGGUUCUACCAAGAUAGAAAAAAGGGGGGAACAAGUGAGCAGUGCAUAUGCCUAAUUCAAGCCCUUCCUCAGGAGAAAUCCAUGGAGGACAAGCGGCAAAGAGCCCCUGCAUAUGGAUUAAGCGUAGUCAAUCCUCUGCAAGGCGCUUGGGACUGGCUCCCAUCGAUUCCCCAAUUUAAGGGCGGGGUUCCCCUGUUUUGCCAGAGUGUGUCGCUCAAUCAAAAACUGAUUUUGAUUGGGGGAUGGCAUCCGACUCACUGGGAAGCCAUGAAUUGUGUUUUUAUCUUCGAUUUCUCGUCUGGCAAAUGGCGGCAGGGAGCCGACAUGCCCACGGUUCGAACCUUCUUCGCCUGCACAGUUUCUCCUUCUGACGGCCUCAUCUAUGUUGCAGGCGGCCAUGAUGACAACAAGAACGCCCUCAGGACUGCAGAGGUGUAUAACAUGGAGCAGGACAGAUGGGAAACUCUGCCGCCCAUGAGCCAAGAUCGAGAUGAGUGCCAUGGCGUUUACUUGGACGGAAGCUUUUAUGUCAUAAGCGGUUACACCACUGAAUCGCAGGGCCGAUUCGAGCGAAGCGCAGAAGUGUUUGAUCCAAACACAGGGCUCUGGAGAAGGCUCGAAAACAUGUGGAGUGUUGCAGGCUGCCCCUGCCCACGCUCCUGUGUGGUUGUCAAUGGUAGCUUGUUAUAUGCUUUUCAUAAACAGGGGAUGAUGCAGUAUAAUGCCCAGGAGAAUGUCUGGUGUGUUGUGGACUCCAUUCCUCAAUCAAUUUCUGUGGCUACUUGUGCUACUGUAUGGCGUGAUAAGAUCUUUGUGAGCGGCUCUGCUUGCAGUGGGGGCGAACAGGCCUGUUACAUGCUUGAUCUCUCAACAGUUAAAUCUAAGGAAGCAAUCUCAAUCUCAAACUCCCCCAAAUGGCUUGCGGUUCAGAAACCCCCAAAGUUUUCAGGCUUUGUGUUGUCUUCUGCUACUGUGGAGAUUUGAGAUUUCGUUUUCAUGAUCCUGUUUUUAUGUCAGAAAAUCAUCGCCGAUCUGUAUGUCGUCAGUGACUGCUUUUUUUGUACAGAAGUGGGCACCACCAGAGGCCACUCGCGAGUGGGGAAUCGGCAUUGGGCAGGAGCCAUGACUUCUAGAAGCCGCCCUGUAAAUAUACAAUGAAGAAUAUAUGAGCAUGUUUUAUCCAUAGAUUUCUGUAAUAUUUUUGGGGUUAAUACAACUUCAUUUUAUCUAGUA